CCCAUCGCUGCUGUAGGGAAAAAGGAGCCAAAGAAACGGUAAAUUUAGAGUACCGGACCUUUUACCGGGCCUUGCUGGAGAGAGUCUAAUAACAUGCGAUGUCCGGACCGGCCCAGUGAAGGCAAUAUGCCCCACUGAAGCCCAGAAGCUACCUAAACUUCCAGCCGUCUCCUCCGCACGCGAAAACCCUAGCAGCUCCGUAGUCCCUCUCCUCUGGAGGUAUUCGCAGUCGACCGUGUCCUCGGAGCACGAUGAAGGUUGUUGCUGCCUACCUGCUUGCUGUCCUCGCUGGGAAUGCCAGCCCCUCCGCUGAGGAUUUGACUGGCAUUCUGGAGUCAGUUGGCUGUGAAGUUGACAAUGAAAGGAUGGAACUGCUGCUGUCCCAACUGAGCGGUAAGGACAUCACCGAGCUCAUUGCCGCGGGCAGAGAGAAGUUUGCUUCAGUCCCAUGUGGCGGCGGCGGUGUGGCUGUUGCGGCAGGUGCACCUGCUGCUGGCGGAGCUGCUCCUGCAGCUGAGGCAAAGAAAGAAGAGAAGGUGGAAGAGAAGGAAGAAAGCGAUGAUGAUAUGGGCUUCAGCCUCUUCGACUAGGUUGCACAGUCAUCACAGUAUUGUUUCGGGCAGUGAAAUCAAAGGGAAACCAGAGUCAUGUUUAGAUUUUAACCUUAUUUUAUGUUGGAAAGUACUGCAAAGACUGCUAAUUGUCUCUGUAUUUGGUAAUUCAGCUGUAGAUUGCUAUGAUGGUUGGGAUUUACUCGUGAACCAGAGUUUUUCUAUCUUAUAUCCUGAAUUGGUUAUCCCAAAGUUUUCUGGCUUUUUAACUAUUUUGUUGUUACA